GUUUACGAUACGCGCAGUGCAGAUUUGCUACGUGCCGCUAUUGACAGCUUUUUUCUCCGCCGUAGAACACUCAGACGUCCUUCCGUCGAGACCUACAACGCUUCGAUGAUGAAAUGAGCUCGCUGAAUGAAGCCAUGUCUGCCACCCCCUCUGCUCCCUCCCCCUCUGCUUCGUCUGCGGAAAGGUCCUUGUCCGAGCUCCUCGCCGAUAUGAACGAAAACUCUCACGCGAUGGCCGAUCUCCUCUCGUCCCUAACUAAACAUUUUGAUAUGUGCGUGACGGCCGUGAGGAUAACAGAGGGUGGAGUGGCCUUAGCUAGGAUCAAGGCUGCCGAAGUCACAAACUCUCAGAUUGGUGGAGACGUGUCGAUAUCGGGAGUGAUAGCGGAACAAGAACUACGUGUACCGGAUUACGACCCCGUGGAUCCCGAGGCUCGCGCACAGAUGAUCGAAAUCGUUGUCGAGGACGCGUCCGAGGUCGAAGACGUAGUACGAGAAUUGAACUUACGUCUGCAGACCAUGGAGGCGGCUUUCUCGAGCAUGGAUGAGCAGACGAAGAGGAUCCAUAUAGGAUACUUUUCGACCCUCAACGCAUUUAAAGUGCUGGAAGACAUCGGAUCCCGACUACACAGCUAUAUAUCCGCCGAGACCGAGUUUCGCGACCGGUGGAGCGAGGAACACCAGGCAAUACAUAACAAACUGAAGGAGAUGGAGAACUUGAGGGCUUUCUACGAAAGCUACGCCAGCUCAUACGACGGAUUGAUACUUGAAGUUGAAAGACGAAGGGCAUUGGAGGAUAAGGUGUUGGGCAUCUGGAAGAAGGCGAAAGAAGGCGUCGACAAGAUUAUCGAGACCGAUCGCAAGGAGCGGGAAAUAUUCCGACAAGAAGUCGCAGAAUACAUCCCUACCGAUCUCUGGCCCGGUAUGGACGACGGUAUGCUGAGAUGGGAGAUCGUGCCGGUCCGUGACGAUAGGGUGCGGCAAGUAGAGGCAACUCGCAGCAUUCCAAAUCUGGGGGGAAGCGUCGUCGAAGCCGGCCCCUCGAGAUCAGGCGGCACGUCGAGACAACAAUACUAAUCACAGAUACGGGUGGCUUCUGUGUUUUUUCUAGGAAAGGGGGGGAUUUAAGGGGAACCUCCCCCUCCCCCCCCAAAACGGGACUCAGGUGCGCAGGGCGGGUUGGUCUCAUGGACAAGGCAUUUCGUAGCGCACGUCUUGCAGGAUUUACUAAUCUCUUCAGGUAUAUCGAUUCACAGCCGGUAGAUGUCAGGUUUAAAGACUACCUGGUUUGUUUGGGCCCUGAUUUCUUUCUAUAUUUGUGCUCUUUUGAUCUCAUGAAUCCGUUAUAUUCCGACCCUCUAUCUCUUGCCGGUUUCCACCAGUCUAGGCCGGGGUGUGCGUGUUGUCCGGAUUGAAUAUGAAGUGUGUCACCACCGAUUAGCAUGACUGGUUCAUCGCCAGUCAUCUAAUCGUACCUCG